AUGAAUGGGAAUAGCUCUCUUCAAAUAACAAGAACUGCUUUUGGGGCUUAUGAUGAUGAUGGACAUACCAAUAGAACAGGAAAUGUGAAAAGUGUAAUGGCUCACAUAAUCACAGUUGUUAUUGUCUAUGGUGUUUUGUCUUUGGCAUGGAGUAUUUCUUACUUAGGAUGGAUUGUAGGGCCACUUGCUCUACUUUGUUGCGCAACAGCUACAUGCAUUUCUUCAUCCAUGUUAUCUGAUUGCUAUAGAAAUCUUGAUCUUGUGACCGGGAAAAGAAACCACUCUUACAUCGAUGCUGUUAGAGUCAAUCUUGGUACGAAAAGAACAUAUGUGACUGGUUUGCUUCAAUUCUCGGUCUUGUAUGGGACUUUGGUUGCCUAUGUAAUUACCGCAGCAGCCAGUUUGAGGGCUAUUGUGAAGUCAAAUUGUUAUCACAAGGAAGGACGCGAUGCUCCUUGUAGUUAUGAUGGUAACUUAUAUACGGUGCUAUUCGGACUUGCUCAGAUUCUGAUGUCAUUCAUACCGAAUCUCCAUGACAUGGCAUGGGUUUCAAUUGUGGCUGCUAUUAUGUCAUUUUCAUACUCAUUCAUUAGACUAGGACUAGGCAUAGCAACUGUCAUGCAUAAGGCUCAAAGUAUGGGAAGUGUGACAGGAGCACAAACUGCUAAUGAUACUGAGAAGGUUUGGUUCAUCUUCCAGGCACUUGGCGACAUUAGCUUUUCCUAUCCUUACUCAACUAUCCUUCUUGAGAUACAGGACACUUUAGUGUCUCCUCCAUCAGAGAGUCUAACCAUGAAAAAGGCCUCAAUGAUUUCAAUGGCAAUUACAACAUCCUUCUACCUAUGUUGUGGAUGUUUUGGAUAUACGAAUUUUGGAAAUGCUGCUCCGGGAAAUCUGUUGACAGGGUUUUCAUUUUAUGAGCCUUUCUGGCUUAUUAACACUGCCAAUGUCUGUAUCAUCAUUCAUCUAGUUGGAGGAUAUGAGGUACUAUCAUAA